AAGUAAUGUCUUUGGAGCUAUACUCAUGAAUGAACAGCAUAAAAGCACAACUUGACAGAAAACACAUUCAAACUACAGAGAAAGAAAAACAAUUUAGAGACAAAAAUGGUGGUGAAGGUGUAUGGUCCAACUUAUGCAUCCCCCAAAAGGGUGGUUGUGUGUCUGAUUGAGAAGGAAAUCGAGUUUGAAGCAGUGCAUGUCGAUCUCUUCAAGGGAGAGAAUAAGGAACCCGAGUUCCUUAAGUUGCAGCCAUUUGGAUCACUUCCUGUUAUUCAAGAUGGUGAUUAUACUCUCUACGAAUCUCGUGCAAUAAUCAGAUACUUUGCAGAGAAGUAUAAAGACCAAGGAACUGACUUGUUGGGAAAGACAAUAGAAGAAAAGGGUCUUGUGGAACAAUGGCUUGAAGUGGAAGCUCAUAACUUUCACCCACCACUCUACAAUUUGGUUAUCAAUGUUCUAUUUGCCCCAUUAAUGGGAGCUACCUCAGACCAAAAAGUGAUAGAAGAGAGUGAUAAAAAGCUUGAGAAGGUGCUUGAUGUUUAUGAGGAGAGACUCUCAAAAAGCAAGUAUUUGGCUGGUGAUUUCUUCAGCCUUGCUGAUCUUAGCCAUCUCCCAUUUGGUCAUUAUUUGGUGAACCAAACUGGAAGAGGGAAUUUGGUUAGAGAAAGGAAGCAUGUGAGUGCUUGGUGGGAUGAUAUCAGCAACAGACCAUCUUGGAAGAAGGUUCUUCAGUUAUACAAAUACCCUGUCUAGAUGCUUAAUUAGCCCUAUUCCUAUAUUCGUGAUGGUUCAGGGAUGAGCCUUCUUUUUUCUAAUACCUGCUUGAGAAUAAAGUGGAGGCUAUCUUCAAGAUGUGGACCUGUAACUUGUUUUUGGAUUUGGAUCUUUUCCUCUGCUUAAAUAAAUAUAGUUAUAUCUUAUAAACUCAGAUCUUGUCACAAAUAUUACCAUAUCCAAACAAUAACGAUGAGGGAAACCUCUCCUGUUUUAGGAGACUUUAGCUAUUUAUUGUGACAAAGUGAUUUUUAAUAAGUAAAAUGUCAUUUUAUCCUUA